AUGCUUGACGCAAGUCGCGAAAAAAAUGAACGAGAAAUUCAAAUCCCGCACUCGGAAAGAACAAAUGUCGAAAUGCUUAUCAAUGAAAAGAUACAAUACAUAGCUCAAAACGCAAGCGUUAAAGACGUUAAAAAAAAUGUGAAAAAUCAAAUUGUUGAAUUAGUUAAACUGGUUUCAGAAAAUGGUCUUGAAGUAUCGCAACUAGCUGCAGUCUUGAAUAUUUUAUUUGUUGGAAAACUUGAAUGUGUUGAUAUUAAAAGGCUCGUAAAAAUUCUUUUGCCGCGUGCCAACGUACCUAAUUUUCUUAUAAUAAAAGUUUUGAGUAAUCUCGGAAAUAAAGGUUUAAAUUACAAUGUUCAGGCUCUUUUACUCCGUUGGAUUAUAAUAGUUUAUAAUGUAAUUGAAGAUCAUUCGCAAUUGAUAAAGUUCUAUGGUGUAAUAUUCCAUUAUAUGGAGUAUGAUACUUUAAGGCCAUUUCUCUGUCAUAUUUUAUAUUUAAUGACACGACGUGAACACCUAAUUGAUGAGUAUAAUUUCUUUAAUAGAAUUGAUCUUCGAACCAGGUUUGGACCUGAACCGCAUCUUCUUGGAUUACUAACCCUUUAUAAAGAUUUCUUUCCGAAUUUAGUAACAAUUCGCAUUCCACCUAUAAAAAAUGCUACAUUCAAGUGUCCCGAUGUUGAGUGGUUUCAAUUAUUUAAUCAAAUUCAAAGAAAAUGGAAUUACAAUAUAAUGAAUAAUCCUAUAACAAGAUCGUCGAGUUUUAAACCAACGGCAAAACGGAGAAAAUUAGAUCAUGUGGAGAUUCCAAAAGCAUGUACUUUCAAUGCGACUCGAAAUUCAAUAACUUUGGAAGAAAUUAUGAAUAUUGAGUCACUUGCUUCCAGCAUUGAUAAAAUCGAUUUACCGAGUCAAUUGGCUUCUGUGCUGGAAAAUCGAAUGCUGCAACAUAUCGUUGUGUGUAACCCCGAAAAAGUUACUAUUGCGAGGAUUAGUUAUUGGCUUGAGCAAUGCCUUAUGGAAUUAGUAUAUUGGAAUGAUAAUACUGCUGAAACAAAAGCACGACUUAAUAGCUUAUUGAUGAAACUUGUUGCAUUAACGGAAUUCAUGAAGGAGCUGCUUCCCGUUAUACAGGAAUUUUUAGUAAAAUAUAUUCAAACAUGGGACGGAAUAGAACACCAAGAAGCAAUAUUUAAAUUAUUAUCGUUUUUAAGACCCGAACCUUUUGAACAGUUAUCAGAGAAAUUUUUUACACCAUUACAAAAUCUGCAUGAAAAAUUAUCAUCAAGUUGGAAGGCUAGAUUGAUACGUUGUUAUACAGAUCUAUUUACGCAUUGGAUUUUAUUUCAAGAAAAUAAUUUCGGCGAAAAUAACAAUGAAAUCGAAAAAUCUGAGAAUUCGUUUUUAAAUCUCUCAAUUAAAGGAGAUUAUUCUAGAACAAUUCAAGGGUUUAUUCAUCAUGUUAAUCAGGUCUCAAUUAUUUCUCUUGAGAGCACAAAUGAUGAUUUAGAAGUGCAGCACGCAAUUUUUUCUGCCUUUGAAGCCAUAGCGAAUUUACAAAUGAACUACAAUUGGAACAGAGUUGUUAUUCCUUCAUCAUCAAUAGUCUAUCGUGCGUUCUUUUCAUCUUCAGGAAUGAGUUUGUCUAGAAUUUGUGGAAUUAUUUUACAAUAUAAGGAAGCAUUUGAUAAGAAUCCGCAACAAAAUGUGUCACUUCAUUGCCGUAGCUAUAUAAAUUACUUUAAUUCGUUUGUUAUGGAUAUAUGUAAUUGUUUAUGGAGGAAUCGUCCUUUUAAUAAGACUGAUAAGAAUUCAAAAGGAUUUCAGUUAGAUGACGAUAUUAUUCGAAAAUUGCAAGAGACAUGUAAUGAAGAUUGGACAUCUUGUUAUUCACUAACUCAUUUACCAUCUUUUGCCGCAUUAUCUAAAUCUUGUAUUCAGGAUUUAGAGGAAUCGACUCCAAAUAUUAAAAGGCGGCUCACUUUACCCGCAACACAAUUUUCGCUGAAAGAUAUAUCAACAGCGGGCGGGUUACAAAUAUCAUUUAACGAUUAUAGAGUUCAUUUUUUGAAUGUACUUUAUAAACUUGGAUUUGUCGGUAUUCACGAUUUCUUGUAUCAAUCCUUGACAUCAUUAUCCAAACUGAAGAAUAAACCAUGA